UGCUGCUGUCAAAAUCAAAAUAUAACCAAAAGUCCAAAAUAUAAGCAAAGAAUAUAGACGAAUAAGCGUCUAUAUUCUUUGAUAUAAGUCUAUAAUAACUAUAUCAUAUAACGAUAUAACCUAAAUAAAGUGCUCAAAUUCAAAUGAUAACAGAAAGCAGAGUAUAUAAUAUCGGCAAAAGUAUAGACGUAAUAUCAUAUACUGAAAGUUUUGUAGAUGAAAUGAACACAGUGAGGCCCUGUGGUUGUAAGGGACUUAGAUCGUGUUGUAUUUGUGAAAAGGAAUACAAAAUAGUGAAAUCCAAUUUGAUAAAUCUUGAAAAUGGAAAAUACAUUUAUUGUUACAUCUGCAAUAAAGCAUGGCCAGGAUGGAGACCUGAAGAUAAUUCGCAUGGAAAUCAUACAGGUGAGCCCAUAGAAUACCCAGGAAUAUUUAUAAAACCAAAUUUUUUGUCAAAACAAGAAGAAAAUGAUUUGUUAGUGGCACUUGAUUCUAUGCCUUGGGAUCUCUCACAAAGUGGUAGAAGGAAGCAAAAUUUUGGCCCGAAGUGUAACUUUAAGAAGAAAAGAAUAAGGAUUGGUGACUUUCAAGGUUUUCCGAUAAAAACUCAAUUUGUUCAAACUAAAUUCAAGGAUGUACCUAUAAUGAAAGACUUCCAAACAAUAGAGCAGUGCUCUCUGGAAUAUACUCCUGAAAGGGGAGCUUCUAUAGAUCCUCAUAUAGAUGACUGUUGGAUAUGGGGUGAAAGGAUAGUUACUGUUAAUCUUCUUUCAGAUUCCAUUCUUACUAUGACAUAUAAUGAUAAGCCAAGUAGAUAUAAUUUGGAUUGUGUUAAAACAUAUCCCUCAAUUUUAACACAAAAAGGUUUUUUCAAUACCACUAAUAGCAGCUAUGUUAUUAUGCCAUUAAAUGAAAAUGAGAAACAUCCUGUUGUAAGAAUACCAAUGCCAAGAGGAUCACUACUUAUUAUGUAUAGUUCUGCUAGGUAUGAUUGGGAACAUCAAGUAUUGAGAGAAGAUAUUAUAAGUCGUAGAGUGUGCUUGGCCUACAGAGAGUUUACUCCACCCUAUUUAGAAGCAGGAAAAAAAUUUGAAGAAGGAAAGUUCAUUUUAGAAAAGGCUAAAAACUUUUAUUAACAACUGUGAUAUCAAAUAAAUGUUAUACAAACAUAUUUAUAUUUCUUUCAAUUUUAAAAUCAAUUUAUGUGAUUUAUGUAUACAUUUAACCCUCUAACUGCUAUAAUCGCCUGUAGAUGGUGUUCACUUUUGUCUAG